AUGUACUUGAUCGGAAACGGCUAUUUCGGAUGCUACGAGACCACGACCCUACACAAGCUGCUUGUGGUGGCAUUCAAGGAUUUCAAAAGCUUCCAACGGUCUACUGGCAUUCGCUGCUCGCAGACGAAAUUCGUUCCGAAUUUUGUAUGGAAGGAAAAGAAAGGGGCCAUCAUGGCCCAUAAAGGGUACAACGGAAGAGUGAUAGCAUUCUGGCUGGCAGACUGCAUGCAACGAGCUGUCAACCGGACGGUUGUGGAGGAUCGACACUUCGGGCAGUGGUUGCAGCAAGCUGGAAAUUGGCCUCCGGAAGACGAUUUGCUGGCACCGACCGCUGUGGCCAUGCAAUCAUUGUGCGAAUGGUUCCAUCAAGUUGAAAGCCAUGGCAGGAGUGAGCAAGGCGCCAAGAAAAUCUACGAUGAGAAUGAAGCUCGCAUGGCAAGUGCGACCAAAGAUCCACGACUCAACACUCGCUUCUUCCACACGUUCAGAGAGGAAGAUGCAAUGAAAUGGUUGAAACGUGCAGCGAUGAAAGCCGACAGCCGGCAUUUCGAGCGGAGUAUCAUCAACUUGGCUCGCUACCGAUUAGUUUCGAUGAAUCGUUUAAAGCGAGUGCAGAUGCUCAACCGAAGCGCGUUCGCCCGGGAAAACAAACGACGAGGAGGUUUGUGUGUCGUGCCGAGUGCUUGA